CGUUUAUAAAUAUGAAACAAAAAAAACCAAAAAACAAAUAAUGGUUUGUUCUUCGUACUUUUGAUUUUAUGCUUAAGUCAAAAAUAGGAAAUGAAAAACGGGCGAGUUUGAUUUUGAUUAACCAGGAAGUUAUUUUUACAAGUUUCAGCAAAUACAUUAGGGCGAUGGCGGUACCUGAUUUAAUGUAAUGAAUAUAAGCUUUAACAUCAACAUAAGUGUUUUGUCAGUAGAGUAUUUUGGAAAAAAAUCAAUUCUCAGCAGUGUAUAACUCACUGUAUGCGUGUAAACUGGGACAGGUAUGAGAGCGCUACAGAACUCGGUCGAGAAUCCUGCGAUUUUAAAAAAAUUCUUCAAUAUCAAAGUAAUUCACUGAUAGUUGUCAGUACAUAUCAAAAAAUUGUUAGUUAAUUGGACGAAAUUUUCUAAAAUAUAAAAAACGGGGUUCACGUUGCUACUCGCGUUCCCACUGUAUCUAUGGCAACAUAUCUCCCGCUUCCUGUAAAAUCCUAUCUGUUCGCACAAGUGAAGACUUUAAACGUGACAUUUUCCAAAAAACACUUCUAUUGAUGUUCAGGCUCAUUACAUUGUAAUUUGCUGCAAAGGGCAACACACAAAGCAGUCAGUAACUUCCUGAUCACACAAAUCCGACAUAUUAAAUAGGCUAUUCAAAUCAAAUUCGGUCCGUGGUCCGUUUUUUCCAUUUCAUAGUUUUGACUUGAGCAUACAACUGAAGUAAGGAAACAAGCCGUUUUUAGUUUUUGAAUGAAACAUAUAUUGCUGCCAGCAUAUUUUGUUGUUCAGUUUAUUUGGUGUUCUGAUUUAAUUCUGAUAACGAAAGCUUUUGAUCUUCCUUAAUUUUUUACCUCAAAGGACACGUUCUCGUAUUUGUUUUCGGGUUGUUGUUUUUUUUUGUUGUUUGUUUUGUUUUUAGCAUUUAUUGCAAUUAAUACACCAGUUUUGCCAUAACUGAAAGUCAUACAUAAUAAAAAUGUAGUGGAAUGAUGUUCCUGAAUUUUUUAAACAAUAAGUUUAGCCGCGCAAGUUUUAAACAUGACCGUGCAUUCAAUUUCAAUCCACUAGCUGUCCUGGCAUGUUUAUUAGGUUUCAGGUGUCAAGCAGGAGAAAAUGAAAUAAGACCCAGAAUGCAGACGAACAGGUUAAUAAAGUUCACAAGUUUGCAGGGAAAGUCAGGCAGGGAUCAACAAACCGGAUGAGCAGUCCAAACAGGUAAUUCAAUCCAAGGAGGGAGAAAAACGAAAAACAAAAUCCAAAGUUACACAGAGGACAAAGGCCAGGAACCAAGACACCAAGCUCAAUGACGAUCUGACGCAGAACAAACAAGACACAGACUUAAAUACACACAGCUGGGGGAGAUAAGGAGACACAGGUGAAAACAAUCAGAAACAGGAAGCAAAAAUAAAAGAUAUGUGAGAAUUUCAAGAAUGAUAAACCUCAGAGCAAGAAGUUUAUUUCUGGUGGUAGCUCUUGGACUGUUGGUGGUUUAUCUCUGUAGAGACGUUAUUGACCCCAAAAUCUUCAGACUACAAGUAGCUAUGGAAGAAUAUGACAAUCCAACGAAGCCACACAACAACUCCUACACAUACUCCUGGCCAAGAUGUCAACAAAAUAUGUCUGCUGCCAACAUCACAGGCUUCAGCUCUCUUCCUGAUGGUAUAAAAGACUUUCUCUACUAUCGACACUGUCGCCAUUUCCCCAUGCUAAUGGACCUUCCUGACAAAUGUGGAGGACCCGAUAAAUCAGCAGAAGUCUUCCUUCUGUUGGUCAUUAAAAGCUCCCCUGUGAACUACGAACGCCGAGAGGUGCUGCGCAAAACCUGGGCUAAAGAGAGGUUACACAAUGGUGUGUGGAUCAGAAGGAUCUUCAUCUCAGGAACGAUGGGUACUGGUUUUGAGAAAGAGAGAAUGAACACAAUCCUUAAACUGGAGCAACAACAGUACAGUGACAUCCUCCAAUGGGACUUUGAUGAAUCAUUCUUCAACCUCACCUUGAAGCAGAUACUCUUCUUAGAAUGGAUGGAAAGAAACUGUCCGAACGCUCGCUUCCUGCUAAAUGGUGAUGAUGACGUCUUUGCCAACACAGACAACAUGGUCGAGUAUCUCCAAGGCCUCAAGGGCAAUGAUGGAAGCAAGCACCUCUUUACUGGCUAUCUGUUCGAGGGCCAAGGGCCUGUUCGAUGGACAAAGAGCAAGUACUAUGUCCCAGUUCAGAUUCAGGAGUCAGAAUCUUACCCGCCUUAUUGUGGUGGUGGGGGUUUCCUCUUGUCAGGUUAUACAACUUUGAUCAUAUACAAUAUGUCCCAGUCCAUUACUAUUCAUCCAAUUGAUGAUGUUUACAUGGGGAUGUGUCUGGCCAAAGCAGGUCUCGUACCUGUUCACCAUAUCGGUGUCAAGACGCUAGGGUUUAACAUUCCUACUAACAAACAAGAUGAUGAACAUGAUCCUUGCUAUUAUAAAGAACUUCUACUUGUACACAGAUUCCUUCCAGCUCACAUGUAUUUUAUGUGGCACAGAAUACAUGACGCUAAUCUGAAAUGUGGACAUAGCUUUAGCAAUAACAAAAUGUAACUUCUGCAUCCUGCACCUGCUCUUAGAUAUUGAAUUCAGGGAUGAUCAUCUUCAUUAUUUCAAGGGGACAGGUUUAAACUUAUAUAGGUUCACUCUUGGAUAAUAUAUACUGUAGCUUCUCCUCUCAUUUUUUUUUAAAACUGUAACCAUGAUCUUUCCUUAUUAAAAACACUGUAUUUGUCAUGUGAAGAUAUUGUAAUAAAAAGACCUUUUUAAAAAGUUGGCAUUGAACGUAAUCUAGGUUUUUGCAGAAUUGUCCAACAUCAAUGUUCUUGUGUGGUGAUAGAGUUUGUUCAUUACACUGGCUCGCUGUUGCAGCUCACAUCCAGUUCAAGACUGGCCCACAGGGCAGUGGAGGGAACUGCAAAGAGAUGCAAAAUGACCACAAAUAGAAGCAAAAUGACCACAAAGAGAUGCACUUGUGUCGUUCGUAGUCAUUUUGUGUCUCUUUAAGUGUGGGUGUCUUGCCCCUGUGUAGGAAAGGUGAGGGACCUGUUACAUGUUUGUGACCAGGUGUUAUAAAAGGGUUAAUGUGUGAAAACUACUUUACCAGACUACCAUUGGUGUGUAGGGCCUUUAAUGUGCUUUGUUUUCUGUAGACACAUACUAUGCCUGUGUGUGAAAUUUUCCUGUAAUGAUGAUGGUGAUGAUGUAUGGAACAGUGUUUUGUGUAUUACGUACUGUAUUUAUAUUGUAACUAUCGGCUUGCUGUUUUGUUGUGACUUGAACUGCAAUACUUUCUGACAAUACUUACUGAAUCAUGUCCAUAGCACAUUGUCCUAAAAACUAGCAAAUGUUGGCACAUUAUGCUUGAUUAGAUUACACUACACAAAGUAAGGUAUUGCUAUUGUUAUAAAUGUUCUGUGUGUUUUUGUAUGAGA